UUUUUUCAAAAAGAAAUAGUAUGGCCGCCCGGCUAGACUCGGUUUGUUCAAUUUUUUAAAAUAAAUAGUAUACCUGGGUUUUUCCCCCUUUAGGAGUAUAGCCGAUCGGCUAGCGCGCAGGCGGCCGAUUUCUUUUGGAUCAUUUUUCGGUUGAAGAGCGCCAAUAACAUUUUUCAUUGCUCUGUCUACUUCUUCACCGUCGCUCUGAGAGAUUGAUAAUGGCGGACGAUAUUGGUUCGUUUGAGUUAAACACCGGAGCGAGGAUCCCUUCGUUAGGGUUAGGGACCUGGCAAUCAAGCCCUGGCCUCGUCGGCGACGCCGUCGCCACCGCUGUCAAGGCAGGAUAUCGCCAUAUUGAUUGUGCUCAACGCUAUGGCAAUGAGAAGGAGAUUGGUUUGGUUCUGAAGAAGCUGUUUGAAGACGGUGUGGUGAAUCGCGAGGAUUUGUGGAUCACAUCCAAACUCUGGUGUACCGAUCAUGCGCCAGAAGAUGUGUUAGAGGCAUUGGACAGGACUCUGCGAGACUUGCAGCUUGAUUAUGUUGACUUGUAUCUUAUACAUUGGCCAGUUCGGUUGAAGAAGGGGUCAGUAAGUUUUGCUCCUGAAAACCUUGUUGAACCAGAUAUCCCUUGCACUUGGAGAGCCAUGGAAACUCUCUAUGAUUCGGGUAAGGCUCGAGCUAUUGGUGUGAGCAAUUUUUCAACAAAGAAGCUCUCUGACUUGCUGGAUGUGGCACGUGUUCCUCCUGCUGUUGUCCAAGUGGAGUGUCAUCCUUCAUGGCAGCAAGCCAAGCUGCAUUCUUUCUGCAAAUCCAAGGGAAUUCACGUUUCGGGCUAUUCACCACUGGGUUCUCCUGGCACAACAUGGAUCAAAGGUGAUGUCCUUCAGAAUCCGAUUCUUCACAUGGUCGCAGAGAAACUAAGGAAAACCCCUGCACAAGUUGCUCUUCGAUGGGGACUGCAAAUGGGUCAUAGUGCUCUUCCUAAGAGUACUAAUGAAGCAAGGAUCAAGGAGAACUCUGACGUCUUUGGCUGGUCUAUCCCGGAGGACUUGUUAGCUAAGCUUUCGGAAAUUGAGCAGGCAAGACUGGUCAGAGGGACGAACUUUGUUCAUGAUACUUUUGGUCCCUACAGGAGUGUUGAGGAGUUGUGGGAUGGUGAAAUUUAGGUUCUAAAUUCAAGCCAGUUUGGCAUUGUUGUGCUGUGAAAAUAAUAGCCUAUUAUCUACAUUUUCUCAAUUUCCUUAAACCUUAACCCUUUUUGGUUUUCUGCGAGCCUCUAGUUUCUUCUUCUAAAUUUCUUCGAGCCAGUUUGGCAUUGUUGUGCUGUGAAAAUAAUCGCUGUCAAAGAAAGCAGUUUAGCAUUUAAUAAACUUUUUGUUAAACUUGAGAGAAAUCAGCUAUGAGAGAAAACAAUUUGG